GAAGAUGCAUUCCUGCCCUGUCUCGGCAGGGCCUGGUGGUGUCAUGUCCCUCAUCCCGUGGCUCCGGUGGAACGAGGCCCCACCACGGCUGUCGUCGCGGAGUCCAGCGGAGAUGGUGCUGGAGACGCUCAUGGUGGAGCUGGCAGGGCAGAUGCGAGAGGCUGAGCGGCAGCAGUGGGAGCGCAGCAACGCGGUCAGGAAGAUCUGCACCGGCGUGGACUACAGCUGGCUGGCCAGCGCGCCCCGGCCCACCUACGACCUCAGCCCCGGGGAGAGAAUGCAACUGGAGGAUGUCUGUGCCAAGAUCCACCCAUCCUACUGCGGGCCUGCCAUCCUCAGGUUCAGGCAGCUGAUAGCGGAGCACGAGCCCGAGGUGCAGGAGGUGUCCGGACUCUUCCGCUCGGUGCUGCAGGAGGUCUUGGAGAGGAUGCAGCAGGAGGAGGAGGCGCAAAAGCUGACUAGGCAGUGGAACCUGCGGCCCCGCGCCACCUUCAAGACCCGCGCGCGCAUCGCCCCCUUCGCCAGCGACAUCCGCACCAUCUCGGAGGACGUGGAGCGGGACGCGCCUCCGCCGUCCCGGACCUGGAGCCUGCCCGAGUUCCGGGCGCAGAAAGAGUACUGACCCGCCCUCACCUGCCCAGGAGCGGAGCCACCUGUGGGAGGGCGUGAUAGCUCGGGACCGUCCUGGGCCCUGGAACUUCCCCAGCCGCCCUGCCCCUGACGCAGGGGCCAAAGAAACCACCCCAUCCCAAGACACUCCUAUUAGAUGGAGCCACCCUUCACUGCCCUCUCCAGUUGGCCACAAGGCCUAGUCAGGGCUUGGAGCUGCAGCAAGGGCCCCUUCACUCCCCUGCACAAGUCGGCUGGAGCAGCCCAUUCCCUGCCUCAGGGAGAUUCAGGGUCUUGGAAGACCAC